CUCUGGUCCAAGCCAUCUUCAACCGUGAUAUAGAGGAGGUGCGGUCCUUGCUGAAUCAGAAGGAGAAUAUCAAUGUAUUGGACCAAGAAAGACGAACACCGCUGCAUGCUGCUGCCUACAUAGGAGAUGUUGCAAUCCUCGAGCUCCUAAUACUGUCAGGUGCUAACGUUAACGCAAAGGACACUGUUUGGCUGACCCCAUUACACCGCGCUGCAGCUUCUCGUAACGAGAAGGCACUUCACCUCCUCCUGAAGCACUCGGCAGAUGUCAAUGCCCGUGACAAGUACUGGCAAACGCCUCUGCACGUCGCUGCUGCCAACCGGGCCACCAAGUGUGUGGAGGCCAUCAUCCCCCUGCUGAGCACCGUAAAUGUCGCGGACCGCACGGGCCGCACGGCACUGCACCAUGCCGUGCACAGUGGCCACCUCGAGAUGGUGAAUCUGCUGUUAAACAAAGGGGCCAGCCUGAGCACUUGUGACAAGAAGGAUCGCCAGCCCAUCCACUGGGCAGCUUUCCUAGGGCAUUUGGAAGUUUUGAAGCUGCUGGUGGCCCGAGGUGCUGAUGUGAUGUGUAAGGACAAGAAGGGCUACACCCUGCUCCACACUGCGGCAGCCAGCGGCCAGAUUGAAGUUGUGCGACAUCUGCUGAGGCUGGGAGUCGAGAUCGAUGAACCAAAUUCCUUUGGUAACACUGCACUUCACAUUGCCUGUUACAUGGGCCAAGAUGCCGUGGCCAACGAGCUGGUCAAUUACGGCGCCAACGUCAAUCAGCCUAACGAGAAGGGCUUCACGCCUCUGCACUUUGCUGCCGUCUCCACCAAUGGGGCCCUGUGCCUAGAGCUUCUUGUGAACAACGGAGCUGAUGUCAACUUUCAGAGUAAGGAAGGGAAGAGCCCUUUGCACAUGGCUGCCAUUCACGGACGGUUCACACGUUCGCAGAUCCUCAUUCAGAACGGCAGUGAGAUUGACUGUGCUGACAAAUACGGCAAUACCCCCCUCCACGUUGCUGCUAGAUAUGGCCACGAGCUGCUAAUUAGUACUUUAAUGACGAAUGGUGCUGACACUGCAAGGCGUGGGAUCCACGACAUGUUCCCUCUGCACUUAGCUGUUCUCUUUGGAUUUUCAGACUGUUGUCGUAAGCUACUUUCCUCAGGUCAGUUGUACAGUAUCGUCUCCUCGCUGAGCAAUGAGCACGUGCUGUCCGCAGGCUUCGAUAUCAACACACCUGACAACCUCGGGAGGACUUGCCUCCACGCUGCUGCUUCUGGAGGGAACGUUGAAUGUCUUAAUUUGCUGUUGAGCAGUGGUGCUGACUUGAGGAGGAGAGAUAAGUUUGGAAGGACUCCACUGCACUACGCAGCUGCCAACGGCAGCUAUCAGUGUACGGUGACGCUGGUCACUGCCGGAGCCAGUAUUAACGAGGCUGACUGUAAAGGCUGUACCCCCUUACACUAUGCUGCUGCUUCGGACACGUACAGGAGAGCAGAGACUCAUUCAGGAAACAGCCACGACACUGAUGAGGAGCCACUGAAGGAGUCCAGACUGAAGGAAGCGUUCUUUUGUUUAGAGUUCUUACUGGAUAAUGGUGCUGACCCAUCCCUCCGGGACAAGCAGGGAUAUACUGCUGUCCACUAUGCAGCUGCGUACGGCAACAGGCAGAACCUUGAAUUGCUCCUGGAAAUGUCUUUUAACUGCCUGGAGGAUGUGGAAAGCACCAUUCCAGUCAGCCCUUUGCACUUAGCUGCCUAUAAUGGUCACUGUGAAGCCCUAAAGACACUUGCCGAAACCCUUGUGAACCUCGACGUGCGGGACCACAAGGGGCGGACAGCGCUGUACCUCGCCACGGAGAGAGGCUCCACGGAGUGUGUGGAGGUGCUCACUAGUCAUGGCGCAUCCGCCCUGGUGAAGGAGAGGAAGAGGAAGUGGACACCUCUCCACGCUGCAGCUGCCAAUGGGAACACGGAUUCCCUGCACCUCCUGAUAGACAGUGGGGAGCGGGCAGACAUCACUGACGUCAUGGACAUCCACGGCCAAACCCCGCUGAUGCUGGCGAUCAUGAACGGCCACGUUGACUGUGUCCACCUCCUUCUGGAGAAGGGAUCCACAGCCGACGCAGCGGACAAGAGGGGCAGGACCGCCCUGCAUCGAGGGGCUGUGACGGGCUGUGAGGACUGCCUGGCUGCCCUGCUGGACCAUGAUGCCUUCGUUCUGUGUCGGGAUUUCAAAGGCCGGACCCCGAUCCACUUUGCGUCGGCGUGCGGGCACUUAGAAAUCCUGAGGACCCUGCUGCAGGCAGCCCUCUCUACUGACCCUCUGGACUCUGUGGUGGACUACAGUGGUUACUCUCCGAUGCACUGGGCUUCGUAUAGUGGGCAUGAAGAUUGUCUUGAAUUGUUACUUGAACACAAUCCAUUUGCGUACCUAGAAGGAAACCCCUUUACUCCAUUGCACUGUGCAGUAAUUAACAACCAGGAUGGCACUGCAGAAAUGCUGGUGGAAGCAUUAGGUGCCAAGAUUGUUAAUAGCAGAGAUGCCAAAGGAAGGACUCCCCUUCACGCUGCUGCCUUUGCAGACAACAUCCAUGGUUUACAGCUGCUUCUGCGCCACCAAGCUGAGGUGGACAUGACUGACAAGCUGGGGAGGACUCCCCUCAUGAUGGCUUCUGAGAACGGGCACACUGCAGCAGUUGAGUUCCUGCUGUACCGAGCAAAAGCAAAUAUAACUGUGCUGGAUGUCAACAAGAACACAGCUCUUCACCUGGCCUGCAGCAAGGGUCAUGAAAAGUGUGCCUUGUUGAUCCUGGGGGAAACCCAAGACCUUGGCCUUAUCAAUGCAAGUAACAGUGCUCUCCAGAUGCCGCUCCACAUUGCAGCUCGCAACGGACUGGCCUCUGUUGUCCAGGCUCUGCUCAGCAGAGGUGCCACUGUGCUGGCUGUGGAUGAAGAAGGUGGGUACUCCUCGUGGCUGGCCGGGGUCGCGUUUGGUAACUGCGGCAUGCCAGCCAAAACCGCAGCCUGCGGGGCCCUGCCCAACGGCAGCACUUGCCCCUACAGCAAGGACCGGCACAAUGCCAUCGGCUUAGACGGCUGUUACUCGGAGUAGCUUAAACUAUGGGUGACCUAAUAUCUUAUUAUAUUUAUUUAGAAAUUCUAUAAAUAUAGGGCACUUUAAAGGAGAACAAGACUGGGCAGGCCUUCUAGCGUGGCCGGAUAAGCCAAGAGUUCAGAGCUUCCUCUUCUUGCUUGAUUGCCAGUGGGGUGCCAAAGCUGUUAAAUUGAAUUAAGGAGCAGCUGGUGGUCCUGUUCCCCACCCCUGCCUCUCCCACGUCCUCUCCCCUGGGAGCGCACGCUUCCACCCUGCUGUCGUGAUUGCCCUGACUGCAGGACCGGAGACGAGUGCUGCAGGCUUAGGGCUGAGAUGAGGCAGGUACUUGGAGACUUGCCCCGACUUCUCUUUGGGGUUUCCUGUUGUUUUAUUUUGUUUAUAAGGAACUUAAAAGUUUCUAGCUUCCUCUAGCUAGCCAGCUCCCCUUUAGGAAUGGCAAAGUGGGGUUGCCCUCCCAGUAAGUCGAGCCCUUCCCUGCUGCCAGGGCUCCUCCUGCCCUUCUCUGCAUCUCAUAGUGGCCUGGGAGCUGCUUGUAGGUUCACGCUGCUUUCCCUCGAGCAGCAGCUUGGCUUUUUCUGUGGCCAGAAAAAAUUGAACUGAGGAAAAAAAAUCAAAGCUUAAAAAAAAAAAAAAAGAGAGAGAGAAGGCAGUGGGUUGGGACCAUCCAGUAGCCUGGAGAUGAGAAGAGCAUUUGGGUCCCAGCCUUCGGGGUGGAUUGAAAUUGGUUCCAGCCUUCCCCAGUCCCCCAUCCCAGCCUCCCACCCUGCUUUGCCUUCGCUAUAGCCCUGCGUGCCCCCGGGGCUGCGCGGGGGGAGGCUGCCGCGUCCCCCCUCUGCCCCGAGCACUCGCUCCGUUCGUUCCUCCGUGGCACUGUCUAGCCAGACCGGGAAGCCUGAACUCUUGGUAGGAUGGGGGGGACGGGGGUACUGGGGAAUUCGAUGCUCUUGUGAACGCUGGGGUGGGUGUUAGCUCCUGGCCAAGUGCCACUGUAACUGCUCCUCUAUCUCAAUCACACUUUUUUCACGCUUAUCCUUCGAUUCCAAUACAAACACUUGAUCAAGAUCUACUGUACCUGGGACACUAAAAUAUCCUUUUGGCAGCUGUCAUUUAUAUGCAAAAACGGGUGCUGCUGCCCAACCCGGCGGUCUGCUCGCCCAUGGAUGCGUUGCUGGAACCUCCCUCCCUACACCAGGCACUUUAGGGAUUCUGUUGGUUUUUUUUCUUGGCAAAACGUUGGAUCCUAAGAAACGAUUCUUUUUUGAAUUUUCGUUCUCUGUAUUGCGUGGCUGUUUCCAUGCGAGAGUCAGUGUUGCUUUUUUAAAAAAAAGUUAUUUAUAAAGAAACGAGCAUUUACCUUUAAAAAAACAACAAAAAUCACAAAAAAAAAAUCUGAAAGUUUUAGCCUUUUAAUAAGGAAAAAAAAUGCACUUCAAAGUCCUUAUUCACAACCCUAAGUAAGUCUGUGUUUAUUUUUCUAAUGCAGCAUCUUGGCAAGUUUUAUUAGCGUGUGUGUAUGUGGGAUCAUUGUUUUUGUUUUUGGAUUUUUUUAAUUUUAAAAAUCAUAUUUAUAAUGCAGGUUUGAAGCAUUCGAGAACGUUGCACUGUUUUUGAUUUUUCUUUUUUUUUUUUUUGUUCUGAAUUACUGUAACAGUAUCAUGUGCAAAAAACCAAUACUCUUUCACCAUAUCACAAGUCUGUUCAAAGCCAAAGACUGGGAAGCAGAGAAUGAGAACGGGCUGACAGGGCAUGAAGUAUUGAACACGUCAUCUUUUCCGCCGACCUUCUUUCCUUCCCCAGCCUUGCUGGAAGGGAGGGAGCGCUGGGCUGGGGCCGAGACGCUGGUCCGUGGCCACCCCGGAGGUGUCCAGAAUGAAAUCCGUGGGAGCCAGGCUUUGGACUGGGAUGGGGAGAAGAAUCCGUUAAAGGACGCCGCUUUCACGCCGUCCCCAUCGUGUUUGCUCUGCCUGACACCUCCGGUGGCCACGCACCGUCUCUUGGUCCAUAAGACUGUUACAGGAACGUGCGAGCCACGCGUUUUGGCUCUUCUAUGUAGUGUUUAAAAGAGGAAAAAGCAUUUCUGUAACCAAAAUAA